CUGGACCCCUUUGUGAUUAUUGUGUGUUGAUUUCUCUGUUUUGUGUUCUCUUCUUUUUUUCCCUUCUCCUCUUCCUCCCCCUUGUCACUACUGCUGUCAUUAUCACACCAAUCAUCAUCACCAGCAAUCAACGACAUCAUUACGUCGCGCGCGCGAGAAAGAGGAGAGGCCUGAGCUCUGUGCCACCCCAGUCGAGCCAUCGCCUACUACCCCUUGCCCUGCCUGCCCUGUUCUGCCCUGGCCUGUCUUGCCUGGUCCUCUUUUGGUCUGCAAGCGCCACCCUGAUUACCACCUCACACAUUCACAUCCACUCUAUCACACAUCCUGCUUCAUAUCUGCAACCACAGACGGCCAACGAACUCCUUCCCAAAGCUGUCGUACCAAGAUUGAGGCUUAAACAAACGACUCUCCCCCCAUCAACCUUCCUCUGUGCAAUAUCCAACGACCACAACUCGACCGUUUUACAAAGCAUCACCCGUUUGAAUUUAAUAUGGCCGCUCCCGGCGUUCAGUCUAUCAAGUGUGUCGUGACAGGUGAUGGUGCUGUCGGCAAGACAUGUCUUCUCAUCUCAUACACCACGAAUGCCUUCCCAGGCGAAUACAUUCCCACAGUUUUCGACAACUACUCUGCGAGUGUGAUGGUCGAUGGGAAGCCGAUUAGCCUGGGACUUUGGGAUACUGCUGGACAGGAAGACUACGACCGACUUCGACCUCUUUCCUACCCUCAGACCGACGUCUUCCUCAUCUGCUUCUCCAUCGUCAGCCCGCCAUCGUUUGAUAACGUAAAGGCCAAGUGGUUCCCCGAGAUCAGCCACCAUGCUCCCAACAUCCCCAUCAUCCUGGUCGGCACCAAGCUCGAUCUGAGGGAGGACCCGAACACGAUUCAGAGUCUCCGCGACAAGAGAAUGGAACCCGUCACCUACGAUGAAGCCCUGCGAACUUCCCAGGACAUCAGGGCACACAAGUACCUAGAGUGCUCUGCAUUGACCCAGCGCAAUCUGAAGGCCGUCUUCGACGAGGCUAUUCGUGCUGUGCUCAGCCCGAGACCCCAGGCGACCCAGAAGACGAAGAAGUCGAAAUGCACGAUUCUGUAA